AUGGCUUCCCUUGAUUUUGCAGCUUUCCGACGACAGGUGUGCUUUGCUUAAGAUCAUUAUAUUUUUAGCAUGAAACGGACUUUAAACUGGAGGAACUUGAUGCGCAUGUUAGAGAGGUAAGUGCAUGAACUUCCGAUUUGUAUUAGCAAUAAUUAUCGCGAAUCUAGAUUCUCAUCAACGUAAGACUCUGAGCGCUUCUGUUUACACAAAAUCUUUUAUUCCACGUUUAUUCGUCUAUUUAUAUUAUGUAGAAAGCAGCGUAGACGCCCCCAGGGGGUGUUACCAGGGGAUGUUACUGCAGACUAACUGGAUCCAGUUAGUCUGCAGUUAUCAAUGUGAUUGGGUGGCCCUUGUCAGUGGUCACCGCGGCCACAGUCCGCCCAGCAAUCCCUUGGCGUGGUUGGCGUAGGCUGUGUCCAUUCUGCUGAACAGAUGACUAGUCGUACACAAGCCCACAAAUGUGAGUUUUUAGUGUAUGGCUAGACAUCGGGUGGUACGGUAUUUUCAGGGGUCUUACUGGUUUACGAACCGGAGCGAAGACAUUCAAAGCUUUACUACCUUCCCUCCACUCCACAUGCAUUAACUCCGACCAAUUUUCCAUAACGGUGAUACUGCAAUGUGAAAUCCAAUUAAGUCGCACUUUCACGACUAGAUCAUUUUGAAGCUCCCAUUAUACUUUUACCGAUCUAGACGUCCUUAAUGACCACUUGGUUCGUAGAAUGGUUUAAUUAGGCGUUCAGAAAACGCAGCAGCAGUGUCAGGUCUCCUAAUCGGUUUUAAUUUAUAGUUGGCGUAAUAUGAACCGAUAUGCACCUGACCGCCAAACCUCUUCUCUUAAAGACGUUUCUUGUCUCGCCUAUUGCCACUGCCUUUUGGUGUCCAGUAGUUUUGGCGUUUCGCUUACGAAUCUAUGAGUCUCAUAUUCUGCCUUACGUCUGGUUAACUUUGCUGCAUUUGCGUUUUUCGGAUGCUUGAAUAUCUUUAUUUUUUAUUUCGCGGAUUUUCAGGAGGCAUUUUCCGAAUGCAAAACUUAUCUGGCCAACCGUAAUCAUGAAAAACUAGCUGACUGCCUAGCCUGUCUUCGCGUACUCAGCAGAGAUCGGACCUUGCAAAGCAAACUUGCCGAACCAGAUAUUCUUACACAUCUCAUCCGAGAGGCUGGACUUGACUCAACGCAGACUGUGGAUAGUACCGUUUAUGACAGCGAGUGCGCUGUGGAAUCUCUUAAGUGCUUGUCAAACGUGGUUUUCCAGAACCCAUUGGUCAUAUCCACUCUCAAGUAGCUUGUAAAUAAGCCUCCUGACUUCUUUAAGAUCUCAUGGAUGCCUCGACAGUCUGGUGUCCCGAUGUGAGAAGAAUUCCAAAGAGUUAUUUAAUGCGGAAAUACUGGUGGGUAUAUCCUUUCUUAAGUGUUUUACUUGCCUCUUAUAAGCUCUUCGACCUAAAACUGCUUUUCCUGCUAUCUGCACUCGAUCGGCAAGCGAGGUAUGUGCGUAUGCGUUUUUCGACUUUCACAGGCUAGAGCUUCUUACCAACAACUUUGCCUCCGAUAAUUUUCCUGACAUACUAAGACGGAUUACGGACAUGGAUUUUCUAAAAUCUCAGCUUGCUUUUGAUUGUGCCCAAGAAAUGCUUAAGUUUCUUUUCAACCUGGGGUAUGCGAGGAAGGAAUUAGGGCACAGCGAGGUAAGAUGGCCCACUUCUCUUUUAUCUGAUUUCUUUUGAUAGGUUACAUAUGAAACUACCUACCGCUCACUCACACCUGUUGUACGUGAUCUACUUGUCAAACAAACUUCCUCCCCAACCAUGCGUUUUGGACUUAUAAAGUAGGUUUUGCUGAGCAAUAUUUUAGUUGGUUUUCAACCUGCUUAGAUUACUGUCUUCCCUUCCAUUCGAGUUGUUAUUUUGAAUACAUUUUUGUCCCCUCGUUGUAUUUCCAUGUUCAUAUCUCCUGUGAAGUUUAUUUAGGUUGAAUUUAGCUGUUUCCUCUUAGCCCUAGUUCAAGGCCUUUCCUUGUAUGCUUCUAACUUAUUUCCGCUUUUCACAUUGUUUUACAGUCAUUGCGUAAAUCUCUUGACGACCGUUCCAGUCACCUGUUAUGCACUCCUCCUCUUCGAUCCUGCUGACCCCAUCUCAGACAGCCCACCGCCACAUAAGGAUGAAAAUGUCUGCCGAGCCCUGGCCUCAUUACUAGACUUUUUAGAUCAUCAGCUUUCACAGGUAUGUAGUACAAGCUCAGUAAUCUUAGUAUAGUACAGCAGCCAGUUCGUUCAGUGACACUCAUAGGAUCUUUAGCUGAAUACUUAUAACGUUUGCCACUUUUCAGCCGUUGCCAUUGACUAAAAUUAGCCUGACAGUCCCGCUGAAUAUGCAAUUUUUACACGCCAAGUCUAACAGAAAGCGUCUUUUCAUCCUCUUUGCAUCCCACCUCCGGAGUCAGUAGUUAAUGGGCUGCAGCAUGGAAAAAUUGAUUCGAACUGGAAACCCGAGGCCGAAAUUGGGCAACCACGGAAUAUUUGGAACAGUAUUCCCCACUUUCGCUUCCGUUUAGUUUGCCUGGUUAUCUCACGUUCUAGGCUUGGGAACUACUGGAAGCUCCAUCUGAUGGUCUUUGUUUUUGAUGUGCUAGGCCGACACGAUGGCUUCAUCAUCUGGGGGAUCCUCGGAGCUGCUUACGCCAAUUCUGAACGUUCUCGCUUCAGCAUCCAGGGCGAAUAGUGUGAUAAGGAAAUACUGCCGCCUAAAGGUAGUUCCCUUUUCAUUGUAUAUUAUCGCUUCAUUUACCAACUCACUAGACACUUUCUGUUUUUGCAGUAAAUUGGGUUCUCAUAGAGUCAACGUUGUCCACCACUUCCACUGACAGUUAUGAAUGUAUUUCAUGCAAAGUAGUGUUAACUGCUCAUGAGAGGGUUUUGCUGCCAUCCGCAUACUGCUGGUUUUUCAGGGCAGGUCACCUGAAAUACUGCACUUCACCCCUGAUGCACCCUUAUAUCCUAGCUGUCGAAUGUCCAGAGUUGCACAACGUUCGCAGGGUCCCUAGUUCGGAGCUUGGACUUUUUAAUCUCUUUCUAUUGCAAAGUUUCCAAGUCACGCUUGCCACCUGAUACUGCGCUUUACUGCAGGUCUAAAACACCUUUACUUUUUGCAUCAACAGUAGUCAACGAUUUGAGUCUUGACAGGGAGUUGUAUCAUAUUUUAAUCUGGUCAGAUCAGGAUUGAGGAAGAUCUGGAAAAAAACUGACAAUGCGAAAAAACCAUGAGCGAUGUACAACUUUUAUGUUCAGUCCGUGGGAUCAAAUCUUGUUCUUUUUCCUAAUGUUGGGUGGGUCAAACUUUGACCAUCUCAUGGACCGACUUUACUCCUUAGUGGUUUCUACGUCGCGCAGUUAGUAGAGUUAUUAUGGAACUGCUUCUAUACUGGAUCAUAAAGGCUGGUCUGUCCGUGGAAUGCCAAAUUACGUUUCCCUUAAUUUGGUUUGCAACGCUUAUCUUAGGUAAGUCGCGUUCUACCGUCAGGAGACUUUCAUCUGAGAUGGUUAGGUGCUAACAUAGGUAAAACCUGUUCGAACCCUAAUCUCGUCAGAAAUUCAUCUGCGGACCGGGUGAAGUCCUUCUCAGGUUAGAUCCGAAUGACCGCCUAAUAUUCGUGGCCAAAAAUGUCGCAGCAGUAUAAUACACACUUAAAUUUACAGGCGCACCCCCACACAGGGACUCGAAAAGUGUUCGUAUUCAUCAGCCCAGACCCAUAGAUCACAGUAGGUGUGUUAAAUCUUGAAAUGUUAACCGAACUUCUGGUAUGCGUUUUCGUUUCGAAAAGGUUACUAAAGUAGGGCUGUAAAAUUAAUCAUCGUACAGCAUGAUUGUAUAAUGAUUCAGUUACCUCGGGAUGCCGGCUUUCGGACGAACGUCCUUCCGGCUGCAUGUAAAGACCAUACUCUGCGAAAAAUGACUAUCUAAGCAGCAUGAUUUUUUCCCUUUGAUUUUUGAUGCUCUUAAAAAUUCAAUUAUAUUUCAUGGAAAACAUGCGUAAAAAUAUUCAUUCUUCUGCUCGUCCGGUGGAAAAUGGCAUCUUCCAGGUUUAUACUCGAAGAAAGGGGUAUAAUUCGCUUUUCAGAAACUGUUCCGAUUCCCGAAUAGUUUUGAGUCCGACCUGCCGUUAAACUUGCAUUCAGGGCUUCCAUACUGCAAGUCAUAUAUUUUCCGCGUACGGAAAACCGUACAUUUCUCCACGGUAUUAAGAGGAGACCAUGUGGGGUUCAUAAAAUUUAGCAGUGGAUUUAAGCCAUAUUGUAAACUUUACAAGCCACAUUUGCAACUGCAAAGACACGAUGUUUUAUGAACGGGCCUUUCACGAUAUUAAAUAAUCUCAUAGCUAGAAACUUCUUUAAAACCAAAUUUUACCCUUUCUUCAAGGAUUAAAUUGGAAGAAGACGCCAUUUCUCUACCGGACGAGCGGAAGAAUGAAUGUUUUAUGCAUGUUUUCCAUGAAAUGCAAUUGAAUUUUUAAGAGCAUCGAAAACCAAUAGGAACAAUUCAUGCUACUUAAGUAGCCAUUUUUAACAGAGUGUGGUUUUUUCAUGCGGCCGGAAAGAUGUUCGUUCGAAAGCCGGCAUCCCGAGGUAACUGAAUUAUUAUAGAAUUAUGCUGCACGAUGAUUCAUUUUGCCACUCUACUUAAGUAAUCUUUUCUAAACGAAAACGCAUUCCAGAAUUUCGGUUAACAUUUCAUGAGUUAGCACACCUUCCGUACGUUUAGUGCAAUGAUAUAUCUCAUAACAAUCUCAUAUGUCAUGGCUGUAUACCGCGUAAGGCUGUGUUCCAAACAUGAAAUAUCAACAUGUUCGGCAAUAAAGGGUUUUCUAAAUGAGCAAAUGCUAGGGGAUUGAUGACUGCACCGAGAGUCAGUGAUGCCGCCCUACCAUCUCUAAGCAAACGUUUUAUUUCGUAAACUAUCAUUUUGCUUUAUUUUUCUGAUUCACCAAAUCUUUGCCCGCCAGAUGGUUUAGCCACUUAGAUCAUUCCUACCUCAAAUCAGCUUAUUACCUGCCGCGCUCAGCUCUGUCAAAAGGCCCUCUUUCCCCCCAUGUCUCGGUUCUUUGUUGUCCUCUGCCGCGGGCUCCUCACACCCUUGUUGUGCAGUUGUUUUUGACGUUUCUGUAGUAAGGCCGCAGUCGUGCAUAUAUGGUUUUCAUUCUUUGACUCUCCAGAUCUUACCUUACCUCGGUGAUGAGGUCAGGCAUCUUCCUCAGGAAGGCACAACUCUUCGAAAUAAGUAGGUCUGAACGUUCUUACCCUGAUUUUGCACACCUUUAGAUACGUCCCUCGUCUUGGGACUUUUUUGUGUGCUUAGUUUUGUUUAUCCGAAUUUCACUUCGUGUGAGAAACCCUGUAAGGUGUUGCUAUGCUCCAGUGUUUUGCUCCCCCAGUCCUCUUUCUCACGCAUGACUACUCCUUCGCGUCUUAAUUCAAAUAUCUCGUUUGCUGUUUUUGCUGUGCGUCCGUUUUGCUCCGUUAUUUCAUGACGUCAAGAUAACUAUUUUGUUUUCCACUAUGAAAUGACGACUUAUCAAUGGACUUGCUGUCUUUCUCGUGCAUACGCGAUGACACCUUCACACUUGUCUUUCAGACUUUCUAAACGUCUUACGGCCACAGGUGCUUCCGACGGUGUUGCUGAGUCGACUGCCCUACUCAUCUUCAUUCUCUGCAAAGAAAAAGGUGAGUCUGAUAUGCAGAAGCUUUCUGUUACUGCGCUACGGCGGUUUCAUUGGAUGCGAACCUAAGGAUGUUUCACUGGGGCUGAGCUUGGCGACUACCCCUCAUAUGUGCCCCUUAGGUGCAAAAUCAUUGCAGCACUAUGGGGCGUUCGUCGUUAAGCAUUUAGUGGGACCGAACAAUUGGCUAAGGUGGUUUUAUUUCGUUUUACGGCCGCGUGAGUGGUACUUCCUUUGUCGGGCCUUUUUUUCCUGGAGUCGGCAGCAGACGGGCGCAUCGACCAGACAACCAAGUUGCGCUGUGGAAAGGAGGGACAGAUAACCCUAGUAUGUCUUUAUGCACGUUUGGAAAAAACUGACAUUGUGUCGGCCCUCCAAACUGCUCGUGGCGCCGUACCAGCUCUGGAAGAAGUCACUUGCCGUGCGGUCUGCUUUCCUCACUCUGACCCAACCUGUCGUCCAUUCCUAUGAGACUUGCAAGCCGUCGGGUACAUGUGACGAAGGGACUGAAAUAUUUUUGUACAAAGCUGAAGCUACUCUGCUCAUCAUGCUUUACUCUCUCAGGAAUAACGUGUUUUUUACACCAUGACCUUUGUUCCUGGCUGUUUUUAUGUUCUGAUGUGUUAGGGAAUUUUAACAUUCUCAGCGUUUUGUACUCCGUAAGGUUUUUUCAAUAAAUACUUGUCUUGAAGAAGGAGACACGAUCGCUGGACAAGAGCUUUAUUAGCCUGACGUUUCGGAUUCCUGCUCGAAUGUAUCAUCAGAGACAACAGCAGAUACGGGUGAUUCACGCACAAGGGGCUUCAGUAUUUAUAGGAUGCAGUCGCCAUGCUACCGCAUACCUAUGAACAUUCACGGCUCUCCCCUUCAUCCGGGAUCGUUGCACUUGGUGUGAUGGCCGAUAUUCGCGUCGUUAAUUGCUGCAAUUUCAUCACGUGCGUUGGAUGUUGGUGUGAUGAUUGCUCGACCAUCUGACGCGCUGACCCGGGUGUUGAGAAGAGUGUUCAUCAGGGCGCUCCCCGCGUGGCCAAUUUCUGCGCCUAGACGAAGUCUCAGCACGCUGUAUUGAAUGGGAAGAUCAUUGCACUUGUUAAUAGACUGGGGGCCAGUGAACCAUGACUCAAGCAGCUCCCGGCUCACGCGGUUGUCACCUCUUGCGAGAAUUUCGGCCUCGUCAAAUUUGAAUGUGUAGCCGGAACCCGUCGAAUGAGCCGCAACUUGAGAGCUGGCGUCAUUUCUGCGCACCGCUGCCGCGUGUUCGGCCAUUAACGUUCGUUCAGCACGGCAGAAGGAUGAUCCGAGUGCUCCUCCAAGAUUGCCACGCGAGACUUCGUAAGUACCGUCAAAGGAUUGACCAAGAAAAGACCAGAUUCUGUGAGUUCAUGGGUGAGAUCGGUACGAAACUGCUCCUGCGGAGGAUAGCCUAAAUUUCUAACGUACUCGGCAGACCAGGAAUUUUUUCCUAGAAGUUUACUAAGAAUCAACAGUCUAAUUGGUCUUGAAGAAGGAGACACGAUCGCCGGGAUAAGAGCUUUAUUAGCCUGACGUUUCGGAUUCCUACUCGAAUCCAUCGUCAGAGACAAAGAAGCAGAAACGGGUGGUUGUUGCACAAGGGGCUGCGGUAUUUAUAGGAUGCAGUAGCCAUGCUACCGCAUACCUAUGAAAAUUCACGGCUCCCCCCUUCAUCCGGGAUCGUCGCACUUGGUGUGAUCAUUGUUUGAUUGCCGACCUUCGCGUCGUUAAUUGCUGCAAUUUCAUCACGUGCGUUGGAUGUUGGUGUGAUGAUUGCUCGACCAUCUGACGCACCGAUCCUGAUGUUGGGAAGAGUGUUCACAUGUGCGCUCCCCGCGUGGCCAAUUUCUGCGCCUAGACGAAGUUUCAGCACGCUGUAUUGAAUGGGAAGAUCAUUGCACUUGUUAAUGGAAUGGGGUACCUGUAAACCAUGACUCAAGCAGCUCCCGACUCACGCGGUUGUCACCUCUUGCGAGAAUCUCGACUUCGUCGAAUUUGAAUGUGUGGCCGGAUCUCAUCGAAUGAGCCGCAACUUGUGAGCUGGCGUCAUUUCUCCGUAAUCUUCCACUUCUCAAGUUUGACCCCCUAAAAACUCAUGAAUAGGUCGGUAGGACACGUUCGUAAUCAUGCGUGGUAAGCUUCAGCAGGACCUUUUUCAGGUUUUCUUUAGUUCUUUUUGUUGCAUUCCCACCAUCCUCAUACCUGCUUAUGGACAAAACCAUUCACAACGCUGAGGUGUUGCUCGAAAAUGGACCAAGCUUCUGUGUUGUAAAUUCAAAUUGGCGAACACGUGUUUUUAGUAACUCUUCAUCAGGCCAAAACGGUUACAAAGAAGUUUAAGUUAUGCGAAUUACAUGACUUAUAAAUGAUUCGGGGACAGUUAACAUCCAUCGUUCCCACGCCACUCGCAUGACGAGGCGUGGUCGGCGUGUCGUGGUCAUUGGGUUAAGGGGGCGAGGGAGAGGGGGGCCAUAGGCUGUGAGUACGUCGGGUACCUUGUACACACACCCUGGCAUCAGGAGGUUGGGGCGACAUUGGGGUCGGCGUCGGCCACAGGCGCUCUGUCUUCCGUGGCCGACGCCGACCCCAAUGUCGCCCCAACCUCCUGAUGCCAGGGUGUGUGUACAAGGUACCCGACGUACUCACAGCCUAUGGCCCCCCUCUCCCUCGCCCCCUUAACCCAAUGACCACGACACGCCGACCACGCCUCGUCAUGCGAGUGGCGUGGGAAAGAUGGAUGUUAAUUGUCCCCGAAUCAUUUAUAAGUCAUGUAAUUCGCAUAACUUAAACUUCUUUGUAACCGUUUUGGCCUGAUGAAGAGUUACUGAAAACACGUGUUCGCCAAUUUGAAUUUUCAAUUGUAACAUGGGAAUAUUCGCUGAACUUCUGUGUUGUGUCAAGGACUAGUUCCCGUUUCAAAUCAUAUUUACUGAUUUCUACCAAUGUGCCUUAUGCCUAACCACACACCCUGUACACUCGCCAAGAUUUCUAGUUUGCACUGUCAAUCAAGAUCUGAAAAAUAUUGACAGUCGCUGGCAGGCGCGUCUUUCCUCGUUGGGCUUGGCUGAUUCGUCCAAGAAACUCUUCUUGCCCUGGAGAACGGCACUUUUUCCCUUGCCACAACUUUUGCACUGAGCAACGAACAAGAUCGUUGGUCCGCUUACUUUCCAUGUUGUUUCUUGCACGAGCAUUUUUCAAUUGUUUCCAGCACUGUGCUGGUGCCGCGGAUAGGAGACAUGCUUAAUAUUCAUUUACAACCUCCACCCCCACACCCCCCCCACCCCCUGCUUUGCUAUCCGUGUACUGACACCACGGCACAAAUGUCGCAGGCUCAUUCUAGAGCUGUCCCCCCCCUCGGUCACGGAUGCACAUGACCGCGAUGCAAAUGAAUGCGGCCAGUCGCCUUAGGGGGAAUUUUCGCUUUUUCAUCGGAUGUCCUGAUCGUCUCAAGCCGCAAGGUCCACUGUCGCACAAGCUGGGCGCAUUCGUGACAUGCUCGGCACCCCUCUCCGCGUUCUGAUGGCAGGGCAUAGUAAAGAAAACUGAAGGGUGGAUGUGGCGCAGUGUUUGACCAAGCUUGACAUCCCACGGCCGCCGCGUGGCACACAGGACCUUACUCCACGGGCUCUAGGCCUCAUCUAGGGUGUCUCAGAUUGCACGUAAGUGAGCGUAUUAUAACUCCAUUAAGAUGAAGCCAUUACUCUCCGGCCCUCAGUCCGGAGUGAGACCGCGUUAGCACGUAAGUUGGCAGUCUUCCAGACCACGACUGUUAGCUGCUCAUGAUGGUUGUAAGGCACGGGGGACAAGUAUGCUACACAUACCACGUAAUCAGACUGGUGGUUGAUCCAGUUCAAAAGGCUGGAUCGUCUGCGCCUUUAAUAGACGGUCUGCCGAUUGGCAGUUCAUGAAAUUAGUCUGCAUACAGUGCGUGACCUAUCUCAUGAAAUGUUGACUGAAAUUCUGAAAUGCGUUUUCGAUUAGGAAGGAUUACUUGGUCGCGGUUGUGAUAAUGAUUAUCCUAAGGUAUACUGUUAUAACAUUUUGGACUCGGCAGGAUGUCGGCUUUUAAAUGCAUUUCUUUUCAAUCUCCUGUAGAAGGCGUGCUCGGUAAAAAAUGGCUACUUAAGUUGCAUGCAUUUUUCCCAUUGAUUUUCGAUGGUCUUGGAAAUUCAAAUAUAUUUUAUAGAAACCACAAACAAAAAUAUGCUUUUUUUAGUCAGUCAAUAGAGAAUCACGUCUUCUUUAUAUUCUAUACUUAAGGAAGGAGUAUAAUUAGGUUUUAAAAAAGUUUUCUAAUUGCCGAAAAAUUUGGAGCCUGAUCAUUCGUUGCAUUAGCGCUUAGUGAUUUCACUCUACAAGGUGCAUGCGUUCCGCGUAAAGAAAAUCCCAUAUUUUUUGUGUCAUUAAAGAGAUAUCAUACAAGGUACAUAAAAUUUUGCAACGGAUGCGGACCAUGUUGUACAUUUCAUGAGGAGCAGUGGUAAACGGCCAGGUACGAUGCUAUGUGAAUGGACAUAUCGCGGUCUGCCGGUAGUUAGCAGCUAGCAGAGCAAGCAGGCGUGCCGAAGUCGUAACUCAUGCGGUUGAUAUAACAGCAAGACAAACUUCGGCUCUAAGGAUUCCAGCGGAGGGACCCUAGACAGAGACGAUAAGGACGGGAAGGACUCCGACGUCGAAUAAGCCCUCACUUAGGUGGUCCUGGACAACUGGGCCGACCGUUCAGUCAGUUCAGAACAUUUGGGUGUGCUGUGAGCAGAUUUACAAAGGUCAUUUGCAUAUACAGUAGAUGUGUUAACUGACUUUUCGGAAUGUUUUCACUUCAAAGAGAUUACUUAAGUGACGUCGUCAUAUUAAUUACCGUGUAGCAUAAUCCCAGAAUUUUCCAGUCACGUCAGCAUUCCGGCUUUCGAAGGGGUUUCUUAUCGUCAACCAGCAUGAACUGAACUCCCUAAGAAGUGACUACUUAAUUAGCAUGGGUUUGCCAUGCACAUAUUCAAUGCUCUUAUAAAUUCGAAUAUAUUUUGUAGAAUAAGUAUCCAAAAAUAUUUUUUCUUUACUAAUUUGGCAGCAAAUCACACCAUCUUCAAUUUUCUGCUUGAAAAUGGAGUAUCAUUCAAUUUUAGAAAAAUUUAUAUUCUUGAGUAAUUUUGAACUCGACCUGCCGGUACACUUGCACCCAGGGUUUCCAAGCCGCAUGCUCUAUACUUUACGUGUAAGGAGAAUCAUACAUUGCUAUGCGCUAUUAAGAUGACCCCGUAUGGGGACCAUGAAAUUUUGUAAUUGACGUGGACCGGGUUGUCCACUUUAUACACAGCGUUAAUUGAACAGCUGAUGCGAUGCUACAUGAUUUAAUAUUAAAAACCCUCUUAAUUAGAAACGUUUUAUAACCGAAGGAUACUCUUUCUCCAGGUAUGAAAUUGAAAGAAGACGGACGUUGCUAUCAAAUGAGUUCAAGAAAGGAUAUUUUUCCGCAUGUUUCUAUAAAAUGUAUUUGAAUUUAGAGGGACAUCACAAAUCAGUGAGAAAAUGCAUACUUCUUAAGUAGUCAUCUUUUUGCCGAGUGUGGUUUAUGCACAGUUAUCAGUAUCGCGACCCCAUCUAGGUAGUCCUUUUCAGUCGAAAUACAUUUCGGCGUUUCGGUCACCACUGCCGAGCAUAGCCGUCUGAUGGCGUUUGCUUGAAGCAAAACAGCUGCUUUGUUGGCCACAGAUCACUCACUUCGCCCAAUUUACCGCACGCGAUUGAGAGUUUGGUGCGUUGACAUUUCGGCCUGCCGUGGUUUCUCCAGAUUUGCACCCGCUUUGUCUCUCCUGGUGCAUCUUCCUCAAACAUUGUCCCUCCAGAUAUUUGCUCAAGACCCCCGGAUUCGAAGGGAACCGUUGAGUAAACAUCAAACUGAAACAUACCCAUAUCAUCGAAAUAACUACGCAGUCGAUUCCUCCUGUCGUUCACACGUUUCGGUUUGUACCUCGUCCCCAUAUAAAUGUACUGGCCUUAUGAGAGUUUCUCGAAAGCACGCGCAUGCUCGCCAAAUGCUUUUUUGAAUUGUGCAUUCGCUGAUUAGGUAGAUAGGAUGUAGAUAACGUCCUAACAGAUUAUGCUUGUCUAUUCCCUGCAUAGACGCCCAUGUAUAAACCGUCCCCGUGGUAGCACCAUAUAUCGGCUGCACAGGCGAGGCAUUAUUAUGCAUCCCACUGCAUUUGCAACGUACUGGGGUUAUUUUGUCUUCUUACUGUACCGGUCGUUUGUAAUGCGUGAUCCGCCGCCUCAUGCUCGGAACACCUCGUUGUUAGACUUUGUUCUCUAACAAAAUACUGCUAAGACCGCAUCGUUUUUACAAGUGCUUGGCUCGAAUCAAGUCCUUCUAGAGCACAGGCUUCGGCCGUUCUGAGCACUUCCAGCACUUUUUUUUCAAAUCCAUAGUCCACAUCCGGGUUUUUACGUUUAGGCGCCACCUAUAUAUCGUGGGAUGUCCAAGAACAAUGACGCAAACAUUGUACACUUGAACUUAUUUGUUCACAACGAAAAGCUGCAUGAUUAAAAUGGCAGCACCUUAGAUCAAAGCCCACAUAUGUACCACCGGUCACCGCACUGGUAAGCCAACCACACCUUCGUCGUGCCAGUAGUACGGAAUUGUAAGUCGUCCCACCAGUGGUCAGCCUGUGGCAAGCCUUGCUUAUGUCUGUGAAUGUCUCUGAUGAUGGAUUCGAGUGAGAAUCCGAAACGUCAGGCCAGUAAAUUUCUUGUUCCAGUGAUCGCAUCUUCGUCUUCUGGCUUGCUUAUGUGCUGCCCUUCCCCCAGCAGGACACGAGAAUAGGAACGUUCUAUAAUAGAGGUGGCUUUGCGCACAAUUCUAGCGAAAUUAUUGUUUGGCCUAAAAUACGGGAUUCAACGCAAGACUGCUUGCAGCACGGGGUGGGACUGGUCUACUUUCGACCAGUAAUUUAAUCACUUUAAAAAAUCCCCCAGACGUUUUCCCUGUACCCGGAGUUGACUAACCGUUCUUUGCCCCCCCCCUUCCCUCCAAUCCAGUCAGCCGAGCCAUCAAGUACUCCGGUUUCGGUAAUUUCGCGGGUUUCCUUGCUCGCCAUGGUCUGAUGGGUGGCAGCCAGCCGCCCAGUGAUCCCUACUCCUCCUCGUCUUCGGACUCAGAGACGGAGGCCUACCAACAGUUGCGAGACAACGUCAACCCCGUGACGGGUCGCUUCGAGCCCUACAAGCCCAGUCCAAUGGAGGGCAUGUCGCAGGAACAGAAGGAAUACGAAGCCAUGAAACUGGUGGAGAAAAUUGAUAAACUGCAAAGGUAGGGACCCGCUUAUACUGCCUUACCUCGUGUCACGUUUUGGAACUUUGCAUUCUAACUCCGACCUGACAGAUUAGUUACCCGCAUAAGUUGAGCCAAGGUGCAAUUAUUGUCGGUUGACGGGACGUCGGCACUGUAGGUGGUUACAGUUCAGGUAGGCGCCGGACACGCGGGAUAAGUCCAGAAGCAGGGUUGUGGAUGCCAAAUGCGGACAGUGUUAGUGGAUCCAGAUUGCAUUGCUGCCACAUCAGAGUCUCCACCCAUAAAGUCGGCCACGACAGUGCAAACGCAGGCCUUUAAAGGUGGUCAUCAUGGAGCACGACUGCGGACGAAGUGGAAAUGACCUGUCGUCUCUAGAUGCCGUUUUCCGGAACUCCCAAUUUUCAGCGGCAGUCUGUGGGGGGAUAAGUUAAGACAUCGAUAGGGUUAUAAACACUGAGAGUCAAUAGCUGACCUCCUCUGGCCCUAGGUAGAUGCAAUGUCAGACUGAGAAGACAAUGACUUCUGACACCGCGCACGAAAUUUCCGUUGUCUCGUCCCUCUUCUCGGAACGGAAAAGAAUGACACGGGACCCUCCCACACUGAGGUUUUUUAGAUAAUAUCAAGCGCUAUGAAUUUGCACCACUUAAUACUUAGUGGAAGUAUGUGCUUUUAAAUUUACGUCCUGUCUGCUUUUGCAGUUCGUAUAAUUUAUUUUUUGGUAGUCUUAGCUGUUGUUCCAUCGUUUUGUACGAAGACCACAGCAGCCGGGCUAGCGCUGUCUCAUGCAUGAGUCUUAUCAUGCGGUAUGAGACGUUUCCAACCUCACCCCUCCACUUCCAUUGUGUUCCCAUUACAAGACUGAGAUUAUUUCAACUGAAAACAGGCAUAUACAGCAGAAUUUAUUGGGGCCAAUAAAUUUCGUGAUGGCUUAUCAACUGCAGCCCGUCUCUGCAUGGAAGUGCACAGCAUCAAAGAAGCCCUACUUAAUCGUGUUUAUCCUGCACGCUUCAUUCAGAAGUACAGCAACCAUUUACGGCCAAAGUUGACGGAACAGUCCGUUCCGAAGAAGCCCGUUAUAAUUUGUCUCCUUUUUAAGGGUGACAACGUCUCAAACACAAUCAAGCGACGCUUGCGUUGCACCAUAGAAAGAACGUACAACGCAGCAGAACUUGUCUUUCUCAGUUCCACAAAAGGCCUCCCAAUUAAUCGGGCAUAUGAUACCUUGCCAAUGCACGCCACCCCAACUUGCGUGUAUGAAUUUACAUGCACUUACGGAUGCAAGUACAUUGGGCGAACGCAAAGGCAAUUGGCAACCGGGGCCGCUGAACAUUUGCUUGGUUGGCUUUUCAAGCAGGAAAACAAAACCCCCCGUUAGGUAACGGUCAUGUUGUCGACCCUAACACAUCUUUUCGGGUACUUGUCCGAGCGCAUACAAAUCGAACAUUGUGUUACUUGGAAGCAGCUUACAUACGGAGGGCGAAACCAGACCUGUGCAAGCAGUUGGACCACGUGAUCAAUCUGCAAUUGCCAUGGUUACAUUCACGCCUCAAGUUACUCGUGACUGUGAUUUGUUGUUAACAUUCCGUCUCCAUCUUUCCUAUAUAAUGCUGAUGGGAACGUCUUUCAUCUGAUUAUUCAUUGUCUUGAACCUUGACCUUGCCCUUAUGCACUGACAUUCUUUACAAAUUCAUUCGUUACCUAUGUUAUGCAGAGACGGGCUGCAGUUGAUAAGUCGUCACGAAAUUUAUUGGUCCCAAUAAAUUCCGCCUUACAUGCCUGUUUUCAAUUCAUACCCGGCUGCCGUUGAUAAGCCGUCACGAAAUUUAUUGGCCUCACUGAAUUCUGCUGCACAUGCCUGUUUUCAAUUCAUACCCGGGAAAAAAUGCUUCAGAUUAUUUCAACGUCUUGCCGGGAGGAAUAUGUUUGUUAUAUCUUUGUUAUUUUAUACAUUCGUAAACGACUUCUCACACCGAAUGCCCUCACCUAUCACAGAGAGCCACCUUCCGGUAGCCUUUCCGGCGACCUAUUCAGGGCUCCGAGAGAGCUAAUCUGCUCCCCGUGUUGCUCAGGAGCUUUAAAACCAUCCACCCCAUGGUGGUUUGCUGUCGUCGUCGUCGUCGUGCAGUCUUUGUUAGGUUUUAUUUGAUUUACACUUAUAUCCUGACUCGUGUUCCCCAGUCUUCUUGAUCGGCGACCUAAUGCUCAGUCUUAUUGAACUACAGAAGCGGCAUAAUUCAGCCCGGCACCGUCGGUGAAGACGGCCGUGUACACCCGGUGGAACACGUGUUGCAGCUCAUUCAGGAUGUGAAGGUGGACUCUCCCAAGGAGGACAGCGACUCUGAUUGA